UUUCGUCACUACAUCUGUUGAACAGUUGAAGUUACGCGGGUAUCUUCUUCUCUCGAGCUUUUCCGCUCCGGGUCUCUUCUCUCUCAGAGUCCUCCAGUCGUUUCCCAGAACAUCUCGUAGUCGUAGUCGCAGGCUUAUCAGGUGAAAUGUCGAYCACUGCUGACGGGUUUCAAGAGAACGGUGGAAGCGAUUCCGACACGAACUCUGAUGAAGCUGGAAAUUACUACCAACCCAUCUCCGCCGUCGACGACAACGACGAAGGCGAUCCCGAGCAAGAGAUGUCGGUCGAAGAUAAAGGGGAUCUCAAUCACGAUUCGACCCACUUCGAUUCCUUCGCUUUUGGAAGCCCUAAUUUUCACUCACUUUCUAAUGGCUACGUUCAUCGAGCAGAGAACGGAAUCGCGUCCCUGAAUCUGAACGGCGACGACCAUGAAAAUGAAGAGGAGGAAGAAGAAGAGAGGAUCAGAGAGGCUUCGGAUUCGGCGAUAGCAAGGGCUUUCAGAGAGGACGAGAGCCGUCGAAACGCCCCUCUAACACCCGAGAAUGCAUCGAGGAUCAUGGAGGCGAUGCGUGGUAUCUCUUUCGGAGGUUUGACGCCAGAUUGGGCAGAGCGAGUUCCUGAAGAUCGCUGGAUCGAUCAGCUGAGGAGAUUAAGACAACCACCACCCCCAGCCACUACAAUCCAAAAUUGAUGGCAAAUUAUAAAAGGGGAUAAAAAGAGAAUCAAAGAACUUCUUGAUGCUGAUUAAUGAAUUUCUUAUUACCAAAAAGAAAAGAAAAAAAAAAGCUUCUGAGAUUGAGAUGCCAUCGCAAUUUUCUUUUAGUUAUUCUGAUUUUAUUAAAUAAAUAUAUGCUAUGACUCAUUCUGAUUUCUGACGUUGCUUGUCACUCACUCGCGAGUCGCGAUCAGUUCUAUUGCUAUUUGCUAAUGUUUCUGCUACA